AAUUUCAAGCAACCGGACCUUUAAUUAUAACUCCGGUCUGUCCCGGAAAAGUGAUAAAAAAAAAUGGGCAGCGGGUUUAACCAGCGGACGGCAGCGCUUGCCAUAGUCAUGACGGUGGCCAUCAUCGCCGGCGGCGCUUGCUCUGUGUUGUCCUACCAACGGCCGCCGGCGAGGGACUCCAUUUUCGUAUCUCAGCCACAACAUCUCGAUUCCUAUUCCCCUCAACAGGUACACAUUUCAAUCGCGGGGAAGGAUAAAAUGAGGAUAUCAUGGCUCACAGAAGAGUCGCCGCCGGACACGGCGGCGACGGUGGAGUACGGCACAUCUCCGGGGAAUUACACCUUCUCUGCCACUGGGAACACCACAAGCUACAAAUACAUGUUGUACAAAUCCGGCGAUAUUCACCACGCCGUCAUCGGCCCGCUUUCUCCCAGCACCAUCUACUACUACCGCUUCCCCGGCGGCUCCGCCCCAUCCCGCCAAUAUAAUUUCACAACUCCGCCUUCCAGUUUCCCCAUCAAAUUCGCAAUCGCGGGUGAUCUUGGACAAACAGGGUGGACCAAAUCAACCCUAAAACACAUCUCAAAGUCGAACUACGAUAUGUUGUUGCUCCCGGGGGAUUUGUCCUACGCGGACAUGUACCAGCCACGGUGGGACUCGUACGGAAGGCUGGUAGAGCCGCUCGCGAGUGAACGACCGUGGAUGGUGACACAGGGCAACCACGAAGUGGAGAAAAUCCCCGGAAUCCAUCCAAAGCCGUUCACUGCGUACAAUGCCAGGUGGCUAAUGCCUUUUAAGGAGAGUGGGUCCCACUCCAACCUUUACUACUCCUUCGACGUCGCCGGAGUCCACGUCGUAAUGCUGGGGUCGUACGCCAAGUUUGAACGCGGUUCGGCACAAUACAAGUGGCUUCAAUCAGACUUGAAGAAAAUUGAUCGAACCAAGACUCCAUGGCUGUUUGUAUUUGUGCACGCACCAUGGUACAACUCCAACACUGCCCAUCAAGGGGAGAAGGAAAGUGUUGACAUGAAAGAUGCCAUGGAAGACUUGCUCUUUAAGGCCAAAACCGACGUCGUUUUCUCGGGUCAUGUUCAUGCCUACGAGCGCUUUGCUCGAGUGUACAAAAACAAAGCAAACAAAUGUGGGCCGAUGUAUAUCACAAUUGGAGAUGGUGGUAAUCGUGAAGGUCUUGCAACCCAUUAUAAGAAACCGCAGCCGGAAAUAUCAAUGUUUAGGGAGGCAAGUUUUGGGCAUGGAAGACUUGAGGUGGUGAAUGGAAGCCAUGCAAAAUGGGAAUGGCACAGAAAUGAAGACGACCAAUCUGUUACAGCAGAUAGUGUAUGGAUUAAGAGCUUAUCAUCAUCAACUUCCCCCCAUACAUCUUCCUUGCAUUGACAUAUAAACAUCUUAUAAAUGCUUAAUUAGUUAAUUACACACAUUUAGUCAAUGAUUAAACAUGGAUAUGUGUAAUGAAGUCUUUUAUGUAGAUUACUUUUUACUUGUAUGUUUUUCUUAUAAAUGCUGGUUGUACAUCGUACCUCAUAAUUAACAAGAUCUUGUAUAUAAUGAACUAUUCAAUAUUUU